AUGACUUGUUGACUUGGAAAUGGUGAGAGGAGACUCCUGCUGGCUGCCUAUGAGGGCUCAUGUGACUGGUGGAGGCUAUGGACAUUCGCCUCCAUGUUUGAAGAGUGGGCAAGUGUGGUGAAUGUGUACUGGUGAGGACUUCAGUGUGGUGGGGUUGAUGUUAAUGUCUGGGAAACUGGAAAGUCAAGAUGUUCAUGUGAAAUCGUGUUUUCUUAAGAACCCAUGCCCCAUGCUGGUGUUGACAGUGCAUGCCUUUAAUCUCAGCACUCAGGCAGGCAAAUCUCUGAGGCCACCCUAGUCUACAUAGUGAGUUCCAGGUCAGCCACAGUUAUUCACUGAUAUGUGGUCUCAAAAACAAUUAAAUUAAACAAACUCUGAACUCUGGUAGAGCAUUGGUGCUCUGCAGUGGUUUCUUAUAUCCAGACUGCACAUAUAUGUGUACCGUAAAUGAGUGUCCACCAAUAGGAACAUUUAAGAUAUUCUUUUUCACUCUCAGUUUAAGUUUCUCCCUCCCCUCCUUUUUCACUUAAACCCAUUUUUAACUGCUGUGUUUUCCCAAGCUCCAAAAGCCCACAUGCUUUUGUCGGUGUGGCCUGGUUUCAAGCAUUUUCUCCAGGCUAUCCUUUGUCCUCUUCUGUGUCUUAUUCACUGUCAGCAUUAAGCUUCCCUGAGCUGGAACAUGGUAUCCACCUUUCCUUCCUCACCUGCUUCACCCUCUUCACCAUUCCACAGUCAUUGUGGUAGUGGUUUUGUGAAAAGACCUGGCUCUGCCUCCCUGCAUGGUCUGUGGUUUACAGGUACUCUGAGAGCUGUACAGGACAUGUGGUCUCUUGUUUUCCAGCCACAGAGAGUCUUUCUCUAGUUCUAUAGAUGCUGUUCUGAAUUUCCAGAGGAUGGUGGUCAGUGCAGUGUGUAAUGUAAGCACCGUGGGACCAGUUUGCUUUCGUGUAACGUUUCUAAAACUGAGCUGCCCAGUUAUUUUUAGUUGUUGCUUAGUAGUUCAUCAAAGUAACACAAACACAGGUCAGCGUUCAGACUUAGUAGGAAGGAACCACCAACCAGGGCAUCUUUAAGAUUGAUUUAACAAUUAUUAUAUUACACUGCUGCCUUCCCUCUGCCUUUGAAAUGUCCCCUUGCACAUCACUUUGAGAAGUGACAUCACUAGGUCACAUGGACAGACAUUCUUGAUUGUUCCUUUCAGGAAAUUCAUCUCAGUGGGGACUUGUUGACACUGCAGUGGAUCUCCCUGCAGAGGAGCCAGUUAUUUAGAAGUGUUGGCACCCCAGAACUGCAUCACCAGGGUUUCAUGUUGAGCUUUGGCAUUACAUGGAAGCAGACUGCAUACUGUCUCAUCAUGUGUGCUAAGAUGCACUUCUCUGUGUGACCUAUUUCCUUCCCUGCUAGAGAGUUCUCUAGCAUCUCUCUAGAUACCUUUAUGUGCCAGGCAGCUCAGAGGACAGCAGGGAUGAGCAUUUAUGUUCCAUUACCAGAAGCCAUGCUUGUACAUAGGGCAGUCAUAUGAAUCACCUGCAACCAAACCCUUAUAGGGCAUCUCUAACUAAAACCAGAGGGAACCAGGAACUAGAGAGGCAGGGCCAGAUGACCUGAGGAAGCCUGCUUUCCUUUUGAGUAUUGUUAUGUGCAUUUUUACCCAAAUGUGUUCUUGGCUCAGUGCCACGACAGGGAAGAAUGUAUGUCCUCUCUUUUAAAUCUCAACCCAAAUUUGCCCCUUAUCAUAUGUGCCUUGCUAUUUUGUGGUAUGUGUGCUCACAUCAGUGUCACAAAAAACAGGAGUAAUAUGUCGCACUGUGCUGCCAUGGCUGUGACAACUGUGAUGUCACUAAAUGAUGGGACAUUUCAACUCCAUUAUGACCUGAAGUGCUAAGUAUGCAUUCUGUCAUCAUGUGCCCUUGGCAGUGCUACAUGAAAGGUAACCUCAUGGUUCAAAAUGACUGCUGGAAAUAUACCCAUCUCAUCCCUUCCAGGCAAGACAUAUGAGAAGGGCAGUGAGUGACUAAAAGGUGUUCAUUCCAUAAAGGCAGCCUCCUUUAAAGGCUUUUAUCAGUAGACCACAGGCAGAUCUUCCACCAUCAGGUCACUAACUACAAAAGGUUUGGUGAGACUUUCCUCCUUGCCCUGGCCCUUUUGUUCAUCUAGGAACUCAGUUUCUGUGACCCUCUCUGGAACUUCUCUGGGCCCAUCCUCAGCAGCAGGCCUGUCCCAAUGUAACUCACUCAUUGCUAUUCCUGGAAAGAUGAGGGAAGGGAACAAUGCUUUGUUCUAGCAUGGAAAAAUGACCAGCAACUUCCUUAUCCUUCUGAGACAAACUGCUGGCUGGAUGACCUGUGAGGGUUAUUUCUGCAUGUGCACUCCAUCUUUUCCCAAGGCUUCUCUGUAGGUAAGAGCUUCUGACCCUAGUCACUUCACUUCUCAGACUGCUGAGUCUUUACAGCUGAAGGUCCCUCUCCUCUGAGAUGGACAGUAUCACCUAGCAGUAUGCUUGCCCAGACGACAUGAACCAGGUCAAAAGUAACCGAGAACUGUUCCUACAAUACUCAGCCACAGCCCCCAAACUGCUGGCCCACGUCUCCAAACUCCUCAUUGUCUGCCGAAACGCAGGCAUUUCCAUCCCAAAAGGCAUCAGGAAUAUCUUUGAGUUCACCUGGGAGGAGCUCAUCACCGACCCUGCAGUGCCCACCCCAUCUGACAUCCAGGAUCUGGUAAUCACCUUUGGGGCUCCUACAGUGGUGCUUGCAGAGGUGAUCCCAGUGCAGCCCCCCAUGCAGAAGAAGCCAGUUCCACCACCACCACCACCCCCAAUACUGCUCACGGCCACCAGCGGGGGCAAGCACUCAGCCCCCACGCCUGCCUCUGCUCGAGUGGCCCCCCCUGGCCAAGAUACCCUGCACAAGUUCCAGCGGCAGUCCAUCCACCUGUUGACAGAGCUGCUUUCCCUGAAGAUGAAGGCCAUGGUGGAGUCUGCCUCUGCAGGUGCCAAUCCUCUGGACAUCACCAAGCGCUUUGUGGAGGCCAGCCAGCUCCUCCAUCUCAAUGCCAAGGAGAUGGCCUUUGACUGCCUGAUUGGCACUGUCGGAAAAAGCUGCUUCCGUACAUCACAGCUGAGGAAAGAAUCCUCCAUGAACAUUUCUGCCAUUGGAGUGAGCACACCUUAUCAGCUGGUCUACCAGACGUCCACAGCCUGUCUGAGCUUCUCCCUCUCCACAGGAAAGGAAGUCAAGAAGAAAGACACUGGAGGCAAAAAGGCUAUAGAUGAGAUCACGUCCCCUCUCCCUCGAGUUCGAACCCCUCCUGAAAGCAUCAUCUUCGAGAUCCAGGACCCCUGCCCUGAGGCCCGGGAAAAGCUGCAGGAUAUGUGUCGCCACAUAGAAGCCGAAAGGAUCUUGUGGAGAGGGAGGAAUAUCUCCUGCCCCAUGAUUUUACGCAACUACAGGGCAAAGAUAUCCUCUCAUUUAAUGGUGACCUCCAAGGGGGACACUCACCAUCCUCCCACUGCGGGGACUCAGAUUACUACUUCCACUCUUCACCAGCCUUCCAGCCACCAUGCUCACGCGGGCCGCCAUUCUCAAGAGUGGAAGGGGCCCAAGAAGCCCGUCAAGCUGCAUUACACUUUCUAUGAUGGCUCUUCCUUCAUUUACUAUCCCUCCGGAAACAUCGCCAUGCUUCAGAUUCCCACGUGCUGCAGAGGGAAACCCAUCACCUGCCUCUUUAACGACGUACCUAACACCUUCCUGGCUCUGUUCAAUUCUGACGGCCAGGGCUGUGUUUACUACAACCUGAAGAACAGCUGUCCAUAUGUUGUGGUUUUGGAUGAGGAAGGUGGAAUCACAAAUGACCAAAAGGGCUACAUAGUCCAUAAGUGGAGCUGGGCUAACAAGACUGAGACAUUGCUCUCUCUGGAAUACAAGGUGAAUGAACAAAUGAAGCUAACAGUCUUGGGGCAGGACUCCGUCACCGUCACCUUCACCUCCAUGAAUGAGUCGGUAACACUCAGUGUGUCACCCAAAAGCUGUCCCCAUGGCGUGGUGCAUGACAAACGGUCAGUUCGCAGAAUCAGUACCAUGGAUGACAAGAUGUUAAAGAUAAACAGAGCCCUGGUUGAGAUCAAGAAGCGGUUUCAGAAGACUGUGACUCAGUUUAUGAACUCUGUGUUGCUGGCAGCAGGUCUGUUCACCAUAGAAUAUCCCACCAUGAGGGAAGACACAGAAGCUAGUCGGGUCAAGGUGAAAUCCGGGUCUUUUCCUGAUCGGAGCCGUAAGUCAAGUUUUUACCAAGGAGAAACCCUUGUGCGAUCCCAUUCAGCCCGGCCAGAUUCCUUAAUUGAAGACAAGGAGAAGGAGGAGUCUAUACACACGCUCUUGAUCCCUGUUCAAAAGAAGAGCAACAGAGUCCAGGCCAAAGUCACACCAAGAGGGAAGCCGAGAGAGGUACGCAGCCCCACCAGGUGGGCAGCCUCACCCUAUGACUGCCCACUGGUGCUGCGGAGGCUCAUUCACAAGGAAGACAUCCGAGCCGGCUGCAAGUGUAUUGUGAAGGCACCCCUGGUGUCCGACUUGGAGCUAGAGCGCUUCCUGUCUGCACCCCGAGACCCCAACCAAGUGCUGGUAUUCGGGAUAAUGUCGAGCCAGAAUCCCAACUGUACCGCACAGCUACAGUGGCUGCUGGACACACUGUAUAGCCAUCGGCAGCAGGGCCGUUCCUCACCGUGCAUCCAGUGCCAGCAUGACCCUUACCGCCUGCUGCGGUAUGACCUGGACAGCCCCCUGCAGAAGGAUCCACCCCUAAUGGUGAAGAAGUUUGCUGUGGUACAUGGGAUGGUUUUGAUGUUUGCUGGGGGGAAGCUCCUUUUUGGGGGCUGUGUCCUAAAUGGCUAUGGCUUCAGCAAGCAGAAUCUGCUGAAACAGAUCUUCCGGGCUCGUCAGGAUUGCAAGUUGGGCUACUUCCUGCCAGACAACUACAAAUUCAACAUGUCAACCUAUAUCACAAACCUGGAUGAUUCUGAGUCGGCUAAAAGAGUGGCAUCUGAAGAUUUCGAAGGAAGUGCCUCUUCAUUGGCGCUUGGGGACAAAAUGGAUAAAACACCUUCUACCCCCCCUGAAAAGUCGAAACAGCCUGAGGUGGAACUGCAGCCUUACUUGAAGACCAGGAGGAGCAGUAAGAAGGGCAGUAACUGGAAGAAGUCAGGUUCUAAGAAGUGAUGCUGGAAGAGCCAGUGAUGCCCUCCCCACACCCAGCCCUACCUCCUGGUCUCCCACCACCCUUCAAUAAAUGUACAUGCCUCCA